AAAUUCUCCAGAACAUCGUGUCGUUGUCGCUUUGCCAAUCAGAGAAAUUUUCCCACUGCAAGUCAAUUUUGGACGCUUCUGUGGUGUUCGUCACUUUUGGGUGUCUUUGUAUAUUUGCUUGAAGCCCUUUUUUGGCAACUUGUGGAAAGUUAUUUUUGGUUCGUGUCAUGGCAGAAAACAAGAGAAGUGAAAGUACUGAGGUCAGAAGUGCCGCAGUUCCCACUCCUUGUGUAAAGGGUUGUGGGUUUUAUGGUACCUCUUCCACUCUUGACAUGUGUUCCAAGUGUUACAGAGAGCAUCUGCGUCAAGAACAACAAAGACUUCAAGUAGAGUCCGUCUGUCAGCAACAACAACAACAACAGAAACAUGAUAAAGGAGGGUUGGAGACUGUUCAAGGUGCGGAAUUGCACGACUUGAGCCCCCUCGGAAAGCAACAAGGGGAAGGGAGGGGUACUUUUGACGAAGCUCAUACAAGUCAAGGCUAUGUUGCUGAGGUUACCCCUUCGGAAACCUCGCAGUUUGUACAGGAAAGUAACGUAGAGCAAGAAACGCAGUCGCUGUCCAAAGCUACAGAACAAGGGGAGCAUACGGAACAAAAACCCAAGAAUCGUUGUCAGUGGUGUAACAAGAAAGUGGGAUUGACAGGAUUCUCUUGUCGCUGUGGCUAUGUCUUCUGUUCUGAACAUAGAUACUCGGACAAACACAACUGUAACUUUGACUUUAAAUCUCAAAACAAAGAGAUCUUGAGCAAAGCAAACCCUCAAGUUGUAGCUUCCAAAAUCAACAAAAUUUGAAAACAAGUCUCUCUCGGAAGAAUAUAAGAAGAAUUUGAAUUUUCUUGGUCAAAAAAAGUGCUUGGGAACAGAUAAUAGGCGAAGAAGCAAAGAAACUAUGUGAAGGAGACGCAACUUCCAUAGCUUGUUUACUUUUUGUGGGAACCCAAUCGAAGAGAUAGAACAAAGGAGUAUAGUUUUCUGUGGUUGUUUUUGCUUGUGUCUUUCUGCUCUUGUCAGCUUGUGGAAACUGUAGAGAAAGAGAAAAAUUAAAUUUUUUUUGUUGAGUAUUAAGUUCUUUCAAGUUCAGUCUUUUUAUUCUCUAAAAGGGAGUCAAUUUUUCCAAUGUAUUGAUGAACCAAAUCAUCCAAUGCCCUUUCAGAUAAUUUCUGUUCAUCUUCCGAAACAUUUGUUUUCUUCACAUCUUGAGCAACUUUGUUCCUUACACUUCUCAAUGCUUUUCGUGCUGUUUCAGCUUGUUU